AUGUCGUCGUCGCGCCCCAACUCUAAAUAUUACGGCCAUGAACGCGUCCCCAGCUCCUCUCGCCCCCGUGUUGCCUCGACUGCCCAAGAGUCGCAUUCCAACUCGCACUCCCACUCGCGCUCGCAGUCGACCAGCAAGGCCGGUGAACGCCGCGUCGAGCGCAACAAUGUCCUCACGCGCGAGUCUGUCACCGUGAAGCGCGGUCCCGCCAGGCACACCGAGAGCCGCUCCAACUCCCGCAGGAGUAGGGAUGGCAAGCAGACCGCUGUCAGCGCUCCCAGCACUCCAACCACCGCCGAACCUAAGAAGGAAGAACGAGAACCAUGGAAACCGCAGGCUUCUCUCGUCCCCCAUACUACCGCACCACUCGCAUCGCGCAUAUCCAUUCCACAACUCGCCUUGUUAGCUCCUCUUGACCUGCAGCCGCAAUCGCUGGCCGAGCUUCCCGUCGAUGCCCAAGAAUCUGCUAUAAUAGAGGACCUGCUCUUCGUCUUCAUGGGCUUUGAGGGGCAAUAUAUCCGAUAUGCCGCUUCGUACACUCCUACGGAGGAAAAGAGCCGUCUGAUGGGCCCCUCGUUCAGAGUAGCUUCUGGGUUGGACCCUAGCUUGCGCGACCUGACAACGUCAAUGCUAAAAAUGGCAACCCAUUACUCGGCUCUCGAGGCUUUCAUCGAGGUCCAAAGUAGGGAACAAUACGGCGCAGUCAAUCACGCAUUGUGUGCAGUCGUCCGGAAGCUCCUCAAAGACUAUUUGGUACUCAUGGCCCAACUGGAGCACCAAAUGCUCACCAACCCAACUUUCACUCUCCAUCUACUGAAUCUGCACACCAAACCAACAAGCCAUAUGCUGUACCAGCUAUACACCAUGGGCGUUGAGGUCUUGAAGGCAAAUGCUCUCCUUGAUGAUGAGAACGACGAUGAUCUCGACGAGACGGAGAAUUUAGAAGAUAUUCUUGAAUCUCUUCGAGAGGGAGGGAACAUCGCACAAGGCUCAAUAGGCAGCAAGAAGGUGUGCAAAGGUGGAAGCGUGCUGGGCUUAAUAUCAAAACGUUUGGCGUCCAUGUCUGGCGACCCGGCCGCAAGAACACUGCUCACAACGUUGCUGCGCGAAGCGAGUCGUCCGUACAUGACAAUGCUUAACGAAUGGCUACACCAUGGAUCAAUCAAGGAUCCUCACGCUGAAUUUCUCAUCAAGGAACAGAAGAGCAUCAAGCGCGAGAGGCUUGAUCAGGACUACACAGACGAGUACUGGGAGAAGCGCUACACAAUCCGGGACAACCUUGUCCCACCACAGCUGGAAGGCGUAAAGGAUAAGGUCCUGCUCGCGGGCAAAUACCUGAACGUCGUGCGAGAGUGCGGCGGUGUUGAUGUUAGCAAAAGGGUGCAAGACGUACCAAUCACCUUCGACGACCCGCGCUUCCUUGAAAACGUUAACAGUGCCUACGCCUACGCAAAUUCAUCACUUCUUCAUCUGCUCCUUACAACGCACGCACUACCCGCCCGCCUUCGUUCUCUCAAACACUACUUCUUCCUCGAUCGAUCCGACUUCUUCUCUUAUUUCCUCGAACUUGGCACUUCAGAGCUCAAGAAGCCGGCCAAAGCCGUCAACAUCGGCAAACUCCAAUCACUGCUGGAUAUUGUUCUGCGCCAGCCUGGCAGUGUGGCAGCAGAAGAUCCUUAUAAGGAAGAUGUCAAAGUCCAGAUGAAUGAGAUCGGUUUGACCAACUGGCUCAUGAAGAUCGUUACGGUGACUGGGUUGGACCAAGAUGCCGCAACAGGCAGCUUCUCAAACUACGUCCCAGCACAGCAAAGCGCAACCAUCACCGACGACAAAGACAUCAUUGGCUUCGAUGCGUUAGUCCUCGACUACGCCAUGCCCUUCCCCCUCUCCCUCGUCGUCAGCCGUGUCACGCUGACGCGAUACCAACUUCUCUUCCGCUACCUCCUUUCACUACGUCAUCUCGAGACUCUGCUCGUUGGUAGUUGGUCAGAGCACUCGAAGGUCCGCAGCUGGAAACACCGGUCAUCGAACCCGAAGAUCGAGAUGUGGAAGCGGAAAGCGUGGACACUGCGCGCGCGCAUGUUGGUCUUCGUCCAGCAGCUUCUGUACUAUAGCACUGCCGAAGUCAUUGAGCCGAACUGGCAGAGCAUGAUGUCGCGGCUCAACGCCGUCAGCAAGGGCGACGCUGCAGAGAACGCAGAGGUCGUUCAAUCAACGGAAUCAAUAGACCCUAUGGUAACAGCACCACCAGUGGACGGAGGCGCCGACCCGUCUGCCGGAGGAGGACCCCAAGUCAAGCGGACCGUGGACGAGUUGAUGCAGGAUCACGUUGAUUUCUUGGCGACGUGCUUGAAGGAGUGCAUGCUCACCAACGCGAAGCUCCUCAAGAUCAACUCCAAGAUCCUCAACACCUGCACCAUGUUCGCCAACUACACGUCGUCGCUCUCGCGCUACCUCAUCUCGGCCGACGCCGACCUCGCCACCAACGCCAACCCCUCGGCCUCGGGCGGCACCGACAAGGGCUCGUCCGCCCGCUCCUUCGCCUUCGACCCGACCAAGCUCGGCAAGAUGAUCGACCUGCUCCAGAAGUACGAGGAUAACUUCACCAAGCACCUGCGCAUCCUGCUCGACACGCUCAACUACUACGCCGCCACCGAGACGGUCGUGUUCUUGAGCUUGUGCGCCAGGCUGAGCGCCGCGAGCGAGGGGCUGGGGUUGGGCGUUAAUGUUAAGGGGGAGACCGUGUAUUGA